AUGAAAGAGCAUAAAGCAAAAUCAUCCCAUCGUUCAAGUAUAACAAAAAAAUAUAAGGACAAUGAGUUAAAUAAUACAAGAAGAAAACGAGUUUCAUCAUGUGUUUACAUGAUAUUAUUCUUUUUGUCAUAUGUGGUUCUUCCUCUAACUAAAUGUAGUGAAUAUUCUCAAAAACAUAGGAGAAGCAAUAACAACCAUGGUAGAGUUAAAGUAGAAGAACUGAAAGAAGAUUCUCAAGAAUUAGUAGAAAUAGCAAGACAUAGAGAUAAUAGCGCAUGGCGUUUAUUUGUGAAUCAGUUUGAGCAAGACUGGCACACUUUUAAUAAUGACUUGGCAAACAAAAGAGAUCAAUGGUUUCAGGAAAAAAAUCUCGAAUCAGAAAAAUUGAGUAAAUCAAUGGAAGAUGAAAAAAAUAAAUGGUUUCGAGCAAAAGAUAGAGAAUUACAAAUUUUGAAGAAAGCUUUAGAAUACAAAUUUAAUCGUUCCUAUAAUAAUGGGAAUAGAUCAAGUGAUAACAGUGAUAUUAUGAAAACAACAUUAGAGCCAAGUGAAGUAAAAGAAGCUGAUGAUGAUUACGAUGAUGUUAAAGAUACUCGGGGACAUGAAACUAUAAAAUUGAAAAGUGGAAAAGUGAUGGAAAAACGUACAAUAGAAUAUGGAAAAAAGUCACAAAAGGUAUCUCCAACACAGAGAAACAUGUAUGUAAAAGAGAAUUUUCAAGACAAAGGAGAUUUAAUCAAAAAUGAAGAGAUGAAAAAGGGUCAAAUGAAAAGAGGUGAAAUGCAAGAGGAAGAAAUGAUAGAAGAAGAAAAUGAAAUGGAUAGAAUGAGAAAAGAUGAAAUAAAAGAUGAAGAUAUAGAACGGGGGAAAAACAAAAAUAAGGAAAGGAGUGUAGAACUUUACUAUUAUGGUAAAAAUAAUAAUGUAGACCAUGAAUAUCAUUCGGAUGAUGAUUCCCACUACACAAGUAAAAAGAUGGAACAGCAGAAAAGUACUUCCAACAAAAGUGAUAAAUAUUCAACAGUAGAUUAUAAAAAAUCUCAACAAUCUAAAAAGUUACAAAAUGAAGAAAAAAUGGAAAAAUCUUACGGAAGUGGAUUUUUAAAUAAAUCAGCAAAAGAUGAAGAAAAAUCCAAAGCUACUACAGCAGGAAAAUAUAAAGCACAUAAUCAAUUUGACAAAAACCAGGAACGUAAACAAACUACUCCAACUAAAAUGGAUCCAGAUAAAAAAACUAAUUUAGAAAUUCUUAGAAGAUCACAAAGAAACGCUGAUCAAAAUAAAAGAAAAAUGGAUGUGAGUAUAAAUAAGAAAAUGGACGAGUGGAAAAAAGAAUUGAGUGAAGACGAUCAACAAUCAGAAAAAGAAAAAGAAAAGGAAAAAGAAAAGGAAAAGGAAAAGGAAAAGGAAAAAGAAAAGGAAAAGGAAAAGGAGAAAGAAAAGGAAAAGGAAAAGGAAAAAGAAAAAUCGAACAAAACUCCCAAUUACACUGUUUCCAAUAAAUCUUUUGAAAAUGAUAAUAAACCAUAUGACCCAUUUCAAUACAAGCGAAAGAGAUUUAGUGAUUGGAGUGUUGCAUUAAGAGAACAAUCGAGGAAAGGUUAUCAAUCAUCCAUUCAAGGUGUUCCAAGUGACUCGGAUAAAGAAGAUGAUAAAGAAAAAAAGAAGAAAUUUGAAGAUCCAAAAAAUAAUUUCAAAGUUUCCGUAAAAGAUGAGAAAAAGAAAGAUAAUAAAAAAUUGGAAAGCAAACCAUUUGGACAUGAUGAAAAAAAGAACAAAGCACCUGAAGCUGAAGAAAAUAAAUAUACUGGUUAUAACGUUUCCGUAAAAGAAGAAACAAAAGAGGAUGAGGACAAAUUGAAAAAAGAAAAAAUUGAUGAUUCGAAAAAAAAUGAAAAGAUAACUGAAGUUUCAAAUAGUGAAACUAGCGAAUUUAAAUAUACCAUUAAAGAAGAACCACAGAAAGAUGAACCUGAGUUAAAAGGAGAUUCAAUUGAAGAUGCCGAAAAAGGUGAGAAGGCAACAGAAAAUUCAGAGAGUGCAUUUGGUGCUGAAUGGAAGAGUUUCAUUAAAGGAGAAACAAAGAAAAAUGAAGAAAAAACAGAAGUUCUAUCAUCCAUAGGUGGAGAAAAAACCGAAAGCCAAAUAUUGGAAAGUGAAGAAGAAACCGAAAGUCCAACGUUAGAGGCUGGAGAAAAAACAGAAAGUCCAACGUUAGAGGUUGGCGAAAAAACAGAAAGUCCAACGUUAGAAGAUGGUGAAAAAUCAAAAAUCUCAACGUUAGAAGAUGGUGAAAAAGCAAAAAGCCCAACGUUAGAAGCUGGCGAAAAAACUGAGCUUCCAACGUUAGAAGUUGGAGAAAAAAUCGAAAGCCCAACUUUAGAAGCUGGCGAAAAAACGGAAAGCCAAUCAUUGGAACAUGACGAAGCAAAGGUGGAAACGGGUUCGAAGUUCUCUGAAAAAAAUAUUUCAGUUGGAGUAUAUAAAUUAAGUAAUUCCAAAGAAUCAUUAAAAGAAGAAGAAAAAAUGAAAGAAGAAAAGGAACAAGAUUAUAAUGAAGAAGGAGAAGGUAGCAUGAAAGAAGAUGAUGAAGGAGAAAAAGAAGGAGGAGAAAAAGAAGAAGGAGAAAAAGAAGGAGAAAAAGAAGAAGGAGAAAAAGAAGAAGGAGAAAAAGAAGAAGAAGUAGAAGGAGAAGAAGGAGAAAAAGAAGAAGAAGUAGAAGGAGAAGAAGGAGAAAAAGAAGAAGAAGUAGAAGGAGAAGAAGGAGAAAAAGAAGAAGAAAAAGAAGAAGAACUAGAAGUAGAAGGAGAAGAAGGAGAAAAAGAAGAAGGAGAAAAAGAAGAAGGAGAAAAAGAAGAAGGAGAAAAAGAAGAAGGAGAAAAAGAAGAAGGAGAAAAAGAAGAAGGAGAAAAAGAAGAAGUAGAAGGAGAAGAAGGAAAGAGUCAUGAUUAUAAGGAUGGAGAAGGUAUAAAACGAGACAGCAAAGACAGGUUACAUGAUUUUAAUAAAGAAAAUGACAUGGAAGAAGAAGGCCGUGAGGAGGGUAAACCUAUUGAAUAUGAUGAAAAUGGCAUGCCCAAAUUAGAAUUGAAUGAUGAGGCUUCAAAAAAGCAUACAGAAAAAGAAAUGCCAAAAGCAUCAUCCGAUGAAUUAAAUAAAAUAGAAAGAAAAAAACUUAUACUAACAGAUUACAAAGAAUGGCUUGAUCAAAAGGACAUACCUUUAAUAGGUUGCUUUAAGAAUCUUUGGAGCAAGUUUGUAAACACUGAUCUUAUUGUUCGAUUCAGACAUAAAAAAGGGGAUAAAGAUGAAGACGGACUUCCAAUAAAUCCUGAAUGGGAGAGAUGGAUGAAUGAAUUGAAGAAUGAAUGGUCACGCUAUAAUGCGUACUUACACAAGGAAAGAAUUAAAUGGUUUAAGCAAAAAGAUGUGGAAUUUAAUCAAUUUAUAGAAAAUUUUCAAUUUAAAUGGAUGCAUUAUAACAAAGAAUUGUUGGAAGACCAUUCUUUUGAUAUUUAUAAAAAAUCAUUAAAAUGGAAAGAAUCAAAAUGGGUUAAAUGGAUUGAAAAAGAUGGAGAAUCUAUUAUGAUGCUGGAUUUGGAUAAAUGGAUAGACAGAACAAGAACCGAAUAUAAUUUAUGGUUACUGAAGGAUUGGGAACAAUGGAAAGAUAACAAAAUCAUGGAUUGGUUAUUGAGUGAACGAAAAUGUGAUCAAUAUCAAUAUUGGCUAAAAUGGGAAUAUUCAAAUAAAAAACCAUCAUUUAGAAAAGAAAAACUAGAUUGGUACAAAUGGAAGAUGAUUAGACGUAGUGAAGCUAGUGAUUGGCAGAAAUGGGUUCAUAUUAAAGAUAAGGCAUUAAUAGAAGUUAAGAAUGAAAUAUGGCACAAAUGGAAAGAAGAUAAAAAAACAAUAUUUUUUUCUAUGCUUGACCACUUUAUUAACAACUGGAUAGCAAAAAAACAAUGGAAUGUUUGGAUAAAAGACCUUAAAAGGACAUCAACAUAA